GCCAAAUGAUCUCUUUAUGAGAGGAAUUGAUACUGUGAAGCAAGGGAAUUCUGAGCUCUUCAGGUUUAUUGGAGAAAAGAUUAUGUGGGAGGCAAUGGGUAUUAAUAACACACGUUCAAUUUGUAAAAUUGUUGAAGACGCUCUCCGGGAUGCUAGAUUUAAGCAGUGGGAUUUUAACCAGUUUGUUGUAAUGUCUAAAUGGAAGGCUAAAGGAGGCCUCGCAUUCAAUAAAAUCUUUAUGGAAUGGACGAGAGAAAGAAUAGCAAGCGGAGAAAAAAAUAUAAAGAUCCCUGACUCUGGCGAGCAGUUUAGUUAUGUUGUAGUGAACGAUGGUCCCUGCUAUAAAGAAGAUGGUACGAAAUCAAUAAGGAAGGGUGAUUAUAUAGAGUUCGCAAAUAUUGUGAAAGAGUUUAAUAUGAAGAUAGAUAUCAGGUACUAUUUAGAACAAACUGUAGGGAUGUUUGCACGCUUCAUUAAUGAAGAUGAUAGUUUUUAA